AUGAGUUUCGAUGAUGUUUUUCAUGACUACAUUCGAGAUAUUCCGAUGGAUAUGAGCCGCAAGUUCUUUCCGACACAAAAUAUUCGAGUGGAUAUGAUACACAUACCGGAUAAGCUCACUUUUUCCAAUUUUGAGUACUCAUUUGAAGCGGAAAGUCGAGCCCGUGAGCAAUUUGAUAAACAAAAUGAGCCGAUUACACUGGAUUCAACGACCACGACGACGUCAUCAGCAGGGGGGACCACGAAUUCCACGUCUUCUUCAGAAUUUGUGAAGACGUCAGAGUCGAAAUCCAAUAUGGAUGUGUUGUCACAGAACGUUCUCGUCCCAUGUCCCGUUAACUCUGCCCCCUCAAUACGAACGGCGGCGAAUCCAACGACACCGAAUACCGUAUCCAUGCCACACUCACUUCACGAAUUCGAAUCGACGAAUAACGUUUUUGAUGAUAUGCAAAUUUUGGCUCUGGAUGAUAAGAAAGCGUUGCAGGAGGUCCUAAUGCUCACAAAUCCCUGGAACACAUCGACUCCGCCCCCUCAAGCUCCGCCCCCUUCAUCAUCAUCAUCGUCGUCUCCGUUACCAUUCCAGAACAACAACAAUAAUCAUAUGAAGCCUACUGAAAAAUCGGCUGAAAAUGUUCCAGAGAAAUUGGGAAAAACGCAGCAGGAGGAGCUGAAAAAGAGGCUGCUGACGAAGGGAUAUCGAACGGAUUUGGUGGAAAAAUCGCUGAAUUUGUUGCCGAAAAAUCGAUUAGUUCAUAUUGAAUACUACAUGAAGGCGUGUCGAACGAUUGAAAAGACUGGAAUGAGUACGGUAGAUCAAACGCUUCCAUUCUUGAUUCAAUGCGAAUUGAGUGAUAAAAUGACAGUGCUCAGCUACUCAGAUGUAUGUGCCAACCUUCUGAAAAUGGGAUUUCCACGAGAUCAAAUUUUCGAAGCCGUCGCCGUUGAGAGAGGCGAUCAGGAUCGGGCGCUCACUCGACUUUUACCUGCAUAG